AUGAAAAAAGGAUACAAUAACUUUAGCAGAUUAUUUCAUCAAGAGCAUGCCCAUAUCAAACCUAAAUGUAUUGUAAAAAAAAAAACGUACCCUUUGCUCUCCUUUGAAGCUACUCCUAUGGAACACAUUGAAACGGUGGUAGCCCUCCUUAGCUUCUGCUCGAUAUUUAUUCCGAUCACCUAUAUACUGUACUUUCAAACCCACCACAAUACAGGAGGCAUAUUUAGUUUCAAAGAAAAAACACCAUUAAAUGUUUGUACUCGUCGUAUUCUUUUCGCUUGCAUCUUCAAUGCUUAUUCUUUCCACAACUUUUUAAAUGGUUGA